AUGCUUAAUACUACUGAGCUUGACUAGACCUUAAAAACAAAUAAGGAGGCUUUAGAAAUUCCUAAGUUAAUUGUUAAUUCCUCAAAAAUUACUGUGGCUUCUACAAAUAAUUUAAAUAAUAAUAGUUAGGUUCCUGAAAAAAAAACUACUUUUUUUCGUAUUGAGGACAAGUUCUCAAGAUUAGAGAAAUAUGAAGAAAUUGAUCGAAAUGAUGAAUUAAAUCUUCCUUUUGUUCCACCAUAAGGAUUCAAAGGUCCAGUUGGUAAGUUAGUUUAAUUUACUGAUUAGUUGAUCGAAAGGCAACUGAUAAAGCUUGGAUAGGUUUAUUUCUUAUUGUAUAUGUGUUAUUUGGAGUUUACUCAUAUUUUGUAAUUGCAGGUGGAAAUCCUAAUAGAUUAGCACAUGGAAUGGACUUUAGAGGAGAGAUUUGUGGGAUAGGAAGCUUAAAGAAUAAACCUUUUUUAUAUUAUGCUGGUCCUGUAGUUGACAUAGAUGUAACUUGGUGUAUUAGGUAAUGUCCACCAUCUACAGGGAGAGAUACUUGCAUGUAUGAUACAGAUCAUAUGACGGUAACAUCUUUUUGUUACAUUCAAAUGCAAGCAGAUUAGUUAGGUUAUUAUUGUAUACCAAAAGAGCCAAAGAGCAGAGAACUUGUAUUUGAAUAAUUAGGAUCAACAAGGAAUACAAUGAGAAGAAUAGGUUCAGAUUUAUGGGAAUCUUGGGAUGUAACAUUAUGUGGAUUUGGUUUAUCAAUUUUUUUAAGUUAUUUAUUUACAGUUCUGGCUAAAUAUGAAAAAAUUGCCACAGGAUUAAUAUGGGGAGCCAUUAUAUUUGCUGAGGCUGGUUUAAUUAUAUAUGGUUGGCUUUUCUAUUUGGAAUCAAUAAGAGUAAAUUAUGGAAUGAAUAUAGGCAUACAAUUUUAGAUGUAUUGAUGGUAUGAAUCCAGAUACAUGUGGUGGCCAAAUAGUAACCAUCUAUUAAAUAUUAGCAGUUGUAUUUCUGAUUUUAGGAGGGAUUUAUUUAAUUGUUACUAUAUUUCUAUUUAAAAGAAUUUAAAGAGGAAUUUCCUUAUUAAAAACAGCAUAGCAUAUUAUAUAAGUUUUAAGUUAGAUUAGAUCAUUUCCAUUUAUUGUGGCAUUUAUUGGAUUGAUAGUGUGUUGUUUGGCAUUUAUUUUAGUAUGUUUUGCCAUGACAGUUGGUACAAUAGAAUUAACAAGAGCAAAAUGUAUAUAUUUUAAUAUAUUAAUUACAAAGAUAUUGAUGGACAUCUUCUAUAUAAGAUCAUUUAUAAUGAUUAUAUAUAAUUGGGUCUAAUUUAUGUUGCAUUUACAGUGUUUUUUACUUUAACCUUAAUAUUAACAAUGAAUGAUAUGUUUACAAGUUAUGCCUUAUCAGUUUGGUUUUUCACAAAAUAAAAAGAUACUGUCAGAAUUCCUUAUUGUUUUUCUUUCAAAACAUUAUUUCGUUAUCAUUUUGGAACAUGUGUAUUUAUUGCUUUUAAUCUUAUGUUUCUUACAAUUCCAUAAACAAUAAUGGAUUAUUCAAGAGUAUAUAAAUAUAUUAUUUAUAGAGUAUAAUGAGAUUUCUUCCAUAAACAAGUAGUUGUGUAAGAUACACUUAGGCAAGUUGUAUGGCAUGUAUUCAUGCUUUUGAAGUAUUUUUAAGAUAUAUAUCUAAACAUUCAGUUGUUUAAGUAGCUAUAUGGUCAGAACCAUAUUACUAAAGUGCUAAAAAAGCUUAUUUUUUAAUCUUUAGAAAUUAAGAAAAAAUUAAAGAUUUAGAUUUCCUUUAAACUUUGAUUGUAUUUUAAAUAAGAAUGGCAACAGCUUUUAUGGCAUCUAUUCCAAUUUAUAUUUAUAUAAAUUUUGCUGAAUCAACUUUUAUGGGAAAACCAACAUCAGGAAUUGAAUCACCUAUCAUCCCAACAUUAUAUGUAUUCAUAUGUGGAAUGUUUUUCUCAAAUAUUUUUUAAGGUUCAUAUGAUAUUACUUGUAAAACUAUUAUUUAAUUGUAUUGUAUGGAUAGUGAAAUGUUCUUUGGAGAAUAAAGAUUUGUAGAACAAUUCAUUAGAGAAUUUAUGGAAUUUGUAGGAAAGAUAGAAGAUAAAGAAUGGAAAAUUGGAUUUACAAGAUAGGUUAAAUUUAAUUAAGAUAAAUUCAAUGAAAAAUUAAAAAAUUAUAAUGAAUCAGAUAAUGAUUCAGAAUCAGAUUAAGAAUUUGAUAUAAAUGAAGAUGAAGAACCAUAAAGUGAUGAAAAAAAAGCAAAUAAAAAAAAUAAAAAUUAAGAUGAUCAAUAUUAUGAUUAUGAUGAAAAAGUUGAUAGAGGAAAUGCUUUUAUUGGAUUACCUUUAGAAUAUAAACCAAAAAAUGAAGUAUCCAAAAAACCACCUGAAGAAUUAGGAAAUGCUUCUCAAUCUAUUAUUUAAGAUUAGACUAUGGUUGCAGGAGAUUAAACAAUGGCUUUAGGUAGUAAUAAAUAAUUAAGACUCAAAACUCCUAUUCUUAAUACCAGUCAAUAAUCAUUCUAGAUUUUAUUAAAUGCAAAUGAUAAAAGUUAAAUUAGUUAAGUUAGUGAUUUAGAUGAAAAACCAAAAAGAGAGAAAAUUAUUAAGAAAUAAAGAUUAUGA